AACACAAAACAUACGAACACAAACACGAACCACGAAUACUAACACGAACACAAAUACGCCAAAGCCCACGACAUUCGACAACAAGUCAAUUUUCUGAACAAAUAUUUAAGCAGUAGUAUCAUGGAACUGAAUGAUUGGUCGAGUAAAAUGCUCAAACUUGUACAGUCAUUGAAUUCAUUCAACUUGCAAGAUUUAUCAAAAAAGAAAUACAAGCCAUUUAAAGUAGAUGGUGUGAUAGUUGGUAUUAUACCAUCAUAUGUGUACAAAGAAUUGGAGGAUUAUACUGAAGUGUUUGUUGUAAAUGAAAAAUGUAUCCAGCUUAAUGAUACUUUAACAGAUUCAUAUAAUAGAACUAACAAAAUCAACAAUGUCUUACAUUCAUUAUGGCAUGAAGAUAAAUUUUGUGCAUUAAAAGGAUGGAGGAAUGAGAUGUAUAAUGUUUCCAAAUCAUUUGGAGAAAAAUCUUUGUUCCAAAUGGAAAGGUCUGCAGCUUCUUUAUUUGGCAUUAUGCAAUAUGGUGUUCAUAUAAAUGGUUAUAAAAUGGACAAAGACAACAAUAUUUCUAUGUGGAUAGCACGCCGUAGUUCCACAAAACCAACAUAUCCAGGAAAACUAGAUCAAAUUGCAGCUGGUGGGAUAGCAUCAAAUCAUAGCAUCUUAGACACGCUCAUUAAGGAAUGUGAUGAGGAAGCGUCUGUUCCUGCAUCUCUAGCUAGGAAAGCAGUUCCAUGUGGAGCUAUAAGUUACUGUUACGAAGAUGAAAGAGGAAUUUUUCCAGAAGUCGAGUUUGUUUAUGAUCUCAAAUUACCUGAUGAUUUUCAUCCAUCCGUCAAUGACGGUGAAGUGGAGGAGUUUUAUUGCUGGCCAAUACAGACUGUAAAAGAAAAGAUAGUUGAUGGAGAGUUCAAACCAAAUUCUGCCAUAGUUAUACUGAAUUUUAUGAUAAGACAUGGUGUUAUUCAUCCUGACACAGAGCGAAAUUUUUGAAAUUCCUCACUGGGAUGCAUAACGAUCCACCCUUCUGAAAUGGAAACUGCAAUGUUUGAUUCUGUGUAUUAAAUCUCAUACAAUUUUUUCCGUCAACCAUCAACCAUCAACCUGGCAUAAACUGCUACUGUGACAUAUGCUACAGUAAUAUGCAGCAAAGAUCUGUCAGAAUCAUAGUUUUUUACUUUCGAAAGAAUUUGGACGAUUUUUUAAUAUUAAUCAUUGUGAAUCCACCCGCGUAAUUUGUAUGAAAGUCAAAAGUUUGUUGCUGAGCGAAAGAAUCAAAGCAAACAUUUUCUGACUUAUGACGAUGAUUCAAUAUCAAACCUCAAUGUAAAAGCAAUAUUGUCUACAGACGUUUAUGUCGAAGAUACCAGAGUUUUAAACUAGUUGUUGAAACCUUCCUUUCUCUAUCUUACACAAUGUCAUUUAUUUAACAAAGAAUUUGCAUAAAUCUAUCAAACUAAUUGUUUAACAUAUAGAUCCAUCGAUGUAAUUGUUUCAACCUGCCCAAUAAACAGCUGCAGGUUCUAUUCCUAUAUAUGCUAAA